CGCUCUAAUUCCGUUGUACGUGUCGCACGCGACUUGAUUUGUCCAGGAAGUCCCACUGAGGCAAUUUCCUCUGCCUCACAGGGUGAUAGAAUACCCUGCCAUUGAAAUAUUUCACUUCUUCGCGCACUUUACCUAUCGCGUAUCUAUGGAGCUGUUUAUUGUGCCCAAGGUGCUACCCUGAAGGUUCUUCCGCGUGAGGGAAAAAGUGGGAGUACUUGGUGUUCGUCAAGUAUCAUCCCCCCUUUUCUACCGGUGGUGACCAAGGAACUUUCCACUUCAGAAAAUCUGCCCGAUUUUCACUAGCUCUCUGUUGCGCAAUUUGUUGGGGCGUGAAAUUUUCUGCCUGCCUCUUCCUCCUUCCUUUCACCAGGCGCGCUCACGAAGAAAAUCUAGUGCGAUUUUAAGUUUGGGAAAACGUCCGAGAAUCAAUAUAUCGAUUGCCCCAAGAGCACCCUGAACGAGGGGUUGUUGUUCACGCGGAAAAAAAAGAGGUGACCAAAUGACGAAGGAGUGGGAGCUUUGGGGGUUGAGCGCAGAAAAACGACAUUAUUAGAAAGUUAAAUACAAAACACAAUACACACUCAAAGGGUGGCCCUAGGAAAAGUAACAAUGAACUCGACAUCGUACACUUCGGGACCUCUUUCGUUCAGUUCCACCGCGCUUCCCAAGGAGGUUUUUGAUGUUCUGGAGCCUACGCAGAAAGAAAUUGUUGAUUACGCUAGGAAAAUUGGCAUCAAUCCAGAAAAGGAGCCACAUCUACUACCCAUUGCCCGUGACGGCCUCUUGCAGACCCUCCCAUACGACUGGCAACCGUGCUACAAUAAACAACGGAAGGCAUAUUAUUACUUUAAUGUGAUAACAAAGACAACUCAGUGGGAGCAUCCUCUGGACGUAAUCUACAAAGGUUUAGUGGAAAAAGCCCGUCGACAGGGCCUAACUGAUUUAUCCGAGGAUUCUGGCAUUCGAAGUCUGCAAGAAAAUGAGGAACCAGUGAAACCAAAGGAAGAACCUGUUGUAGAAGUACCGCCUGAAACGAUGGAACGGCAUUUAGCGCCGCUUUCCAAGCGUCCCAUGUGGGAACUUCAGCCACUACCUAAGAGACCACUGACUACAGGACAGCAAAUUGGUCUGGAAAUGCCCAAAACAAAACCUGAUCCUGUGAAACCUAUAACAGCUGAAAAACCUCCUGUAAAAGGAUUUACAUUGACAGGAACUGGAGCGAUUUUCCUAAAGUCCAAAAAAGUGGAAGGCUCAGAUUCGAGUGUAACAAAACCCAUUGACAUUGAGAAAACCAAGCCAAACUUCCUGGAUCAACAUGUUCCAACAACGAGUACCAGUGUCAAGGGAAUACUCCGGGAUUCAAGUCUCUCGGAUGUUAGACGUCCUCAGGGUCAGGAUAUAUCUCAUCAAUCAGAGAUUUCCGAUCGAAAGAGCGUCAAGUUCAAUUUAACUGAGACAGCAGCUCCGAGACAACUACCAGAAGUGUCCACAAGUGGAUCAUCUACGUCUUCAUCAGAGGAUUUAGCGGCUGGUGAAGCCGAAGAGGAUAAUUGGGAUUUUAAUAUGAGCGACGAAGGUGACGACGAUGGAGUCCGUCAAGUGACGGUACAGCCUGUGAAUCGUGUAACAGUAAUGAAACCCUCCCAGAAAACCCCCUCCGAUGAAGUACAAUCCCGUCCUUCUUCAAGUCGUCCUCCCUCCUUGGCACGUGCAUUCAGUAUUGCCGUACCAGAUGAUGCUAAAGACAAAGCAGGUCCCAGUGUUAAGCCCCUCUAUGAAGAAAGUGAUUCUGAGAGUGCAGCUAAUUCUGUUAAAAAUUCCAACUUUCCCCCACCAUUGAACGUAGAACCUGAUCCAUUGAUGAUGCAAGAGGAUCGUAGAUUGAUUGUUGACCAAAUGAUUGAAGAUCUUGACAAAUUUCGCAGUCACAUUGAACAGGAGAAACGUCUCGAAGAAGAGAAGAUACGACGGGAAAUGAAGAUGGAAUUGGAGGCCAUGAGAAAGGAAAUUGCUGAGAAAAAUCAAUCGGAAUUGAAUCUUUUUGAAUUGGAAUCCACAAAGGUGUCCAAUAGAAAAGAACUUGAAGAUCUAAUAGCCCAGGAGAAUCGUCGAUUUGCCUCGGAGAAGGAAGAGACGAUAAGGAAAUUGAAGAAGAAUCAUGAAGAUAGAUUGGAACAGUUGAUUCAUGAGCAGGAAGCCCAAUUUGAGGAGAUGCUGAAGAAAAAGAGGCGUGAUCUGGAGGAGAAUCACAGAGAACGGAUGACACGUGUGGAAAAUGACAUGGAUUCCCAGUUGAAGCAUUUGAGGGAAGAAAUUGAAGCGACUCAUCGCAAUGCCCUUGAAGAAUUUAGGGAGAAGCUGAAGAAUGAGUUUGAGGAGAGGAGAAAAAUCAUCAGUGCUGACCAUAAAGCUUCCGUGGAAACCCUACAGAAAAACCACAGUGAAAUUUUGCAAGAACUAGAGAGAGAUCUCAAAACUGAAGAGGAACUGCUGAAAAAAGAACACACCAUGAACCUUAAUCAGGCAAAAGCAAAGAUCUCCCAUGAGAUUGAGAUGGAGAAGCAGAGAAUGCGAGAAUCUGGUGAAGAUCGUCUGUAUGAAAAAAUCCGUUGUGAGAAGCGUCUUCUGGAAGAUAAGUACAGGUGCCUCAAGGAGAAGUACACCCGACUCAAGACAGACGUGAAACUCUCCCUGGAACGCCGAAAUAACCGUCGACGUGAGCAGCAACAGCAAAGUGUGACAACGACAACGGGAUCAGAAACUGAAAGAUCUAUUUCUAAUCGACAGCACAUGGGUCUGGUGGAUGUUUCGCCGGUGGGACGACCACCAACUGCCCCCCUGACACCGAAGUCUCAGCCAAAAUUUCGCGAUAGCAGCACCGAGACCAGAGAAAAGUCCCUCGAGCGACACCUGAGUGUGAAGGAGAGCAAAAAAUUUGGGGCAGCCACGAAGUAUCUCAAGCACAUCCAACAACAAAAUGAUGACACCACGUCGAUCAGCCAAAGUGACACCACAGUCAGCAAUCCACAUGGCAGACUGAGGAUUCCAGUUCCACUGGGUGACAAUGGCAAUUCAGAUUCAGAAGCCAUCAAUAGGAAUAACAACAAUCAGAAGGAUGGAACACCACUGAGGCAGAGGAAGAAGCUCUUUACACGCACAAAAUCUGCAUCGACAUCGCGUCUCAAUACAUCCAAGGGCGGCGGAGAUUGUGGACGUCCAUGUACUCCAGUGGAGAAUUUGCGGAGGCAAUUGCAGAAGCUGGAAGAUCUUGAGGAUCAAUUCCCUGACAGUUCUCUCGAUACAACCUACCAUUUGCGGUAUCCCUUCUCCGAUGUGGCCAAUAACUAUGCCAGCAUGAGUUCAGAGCUGGAAUUCUUCAAGCAUCGCAUCCACCUCGAGAGGGAUUCUGUGAGACGUGCCAAAGACUCCCUUAGGACACAAAGGACAAACUUUCGGGCACGACAGCGAGAGAUAAAAUUGAGACACAAGAGUGGAACAAAGCACACCAUCGAUCAUCUGAUUCAGGAGGAGAAAGAACUAACGGAGAUGGAAGUGAAUCUUCAUCGAACACGUGCCCUCUUGGGCGAAAAGGUCAUCCGGUUGAGACAUUUGGAACAGAGCCUACAGAGAGUCUGUGAGAAGGAAAAACCCAUUCUGAUGGAGCGACAGCAUCACAAUCCACGGGAUGAUGCUACACUCAGUGAUGUAUCAUCCUCUCAUUCUAGUUCUGGCUUCAGUAGCACAGACUUCAUCACCGACACCAAUCACCAUGGCGGCAGACAACAGAGAGAAUUGUACCAGGAAUCAUCGGAUAUUAUUCAGAGUCUCGAGCAUCUCAAUGCCGAAAUCAAGGAAAUCUGGGAGAUUCUCAGUAAACAGCAAGCUCAUGUCAACUUUGCAGGAAUCCCUCCACCCCCAAUUAAUUCUUACGGACAAGACGGAAGCUGGAAUAACUCCCCGACUUCAGCUCAAAUGAUGUUUUCCAUUCCUGUAACCCAAUCAACCUCAGCUUCUGGUCUUCAGCAACCAACUAAGCCAACUGAUCGCCUUGACACCUACAAACAACCACCUAUUGUCCGCGCAGCCACUACAGCCACUCCCUCAGCCAGUGCAACUGUUCACACAAUCGUCUCCCAAUCCCCCCUGGCUGGACACUACACCACGAGUCUCGUGGAACGUACCAGAAAUCUCAAAAUCUGGCUCAAUCAAGCCAAAAGUGAACACGAAAUGCUAGCUGGAAAAGCAUCAGCUGAUCUCUAAACGAAUCUCAUAUUUCUAAAUAUCUCCUUUUCUCGAACAAUCUCUGGGAAUCCAUCACAAAGCGUCAAAGGGAUAAAAACAAUUGGACUGAUGAUAAAUGUGAGCGAAAAAUAAAGACUGAAAAAAAAUGGGAGUAAUAUUUCUCAGAUGAUGUAACUUGGUGGAUUCCCAGACAAUCUCUCACUUUCAAAUUGCUCCUUGAGAGCAAAAAUAAUAUUAGUGUUACUAUCAGUGAGAGAUCUUAAUAAUAUAUAUAUUUAUCGAAUAAUUUCGCUACUGUUUUAACCCAGAUAUAUUAUAUAUAUAUUUUUUCCCUUGCAUUCGUUUAUUUGUUAGAAUGCAAGAGGGAAAAUGAUUGCACAACACUCAAUAUAUACUUACAUAAAUUAUAUACAUUUUACCUAGGCACAUCUCAUUGCAAUGGUAAUUCGGAAGAUUUAUAUACUUCAUUAUAACUGUGACACUGAAUAAUCCCUUCAAAAUCAAAAAAUGUAUCGGAAUGGAAAGUACUGAUAAAUGUAUUUAAAAAAAAAAGCUCAUAAGGAUUUUACGACCUCUGAUAAAUGUUUGAAAUUGAAAGAAAUUUAUUGUGAUCCCGAAAAGUUGUGUAAGUUAAAAUAAAGGAAAAUCGUUAACUGCAUAUUGUCGUAUAUACACACUGAGUCAAGAAUACCAAAGCUUUCAGAAAAUGAUUGAUAAAAUCAAUCUAUACAUUAAGAAGAUUAAAAGACAUCUUGAAUAUCACUUGAACUAAAAAGCUCAAAGAAUAUUUUUAUAUUAUAAGAAUAUUUUUCACUGCCUUAAUGACCUCUACACACUAGAAAAGUUUUUGUCCAUAUUUGACAAUUUUUCCUACAUAAUCGUAGGCAAUUUGCUUCAAUAUGGACAUAAAUUUCUCCAGUGUGUAGAGGCCAUUACCAUUUCAAAUAAUUUUUGAAGAAAUCUUUCAAUGUAUAUGGCCGCUAUCUACUCUGAGAGAAAUAAGUUUUGUUAAGUAUACAAAUUUGUCCACUUAAGACAAGUUUGUCAAGAGAAUGUUGUUUACCAAAUUGAAAACACUUUAAGGCAUCAACAUAUAGGGAGAAAUUUUUGUCAAAAUUGCACUUUUGAGUGAUUUUUGGCGUUCCUACUUGCAAUUCGAAGCAAUUUUCGUCAAAAUAAAACUUUUUUUAGCAAAAUUUUGACGUUUCCACCUACAGCAGGUCAGAUGAUAUCCUUAAAAAGUAAUUUCUAAUGAAAAUUGCUUCCAAUAAUGUAGAGGCCUUUACAGAAAUGCCGAAAAUUUUCUACAAAAAUUAAUUUUUGAGAAAAAUUGCUCUCAAAUGUAUUGAGACCUUUACAUGGAAAAACACCCUUUUGGCAAACUUUUAACAAGAUCCAGUUGGCCUCCGAUUUGGCAUCACUUUUUCAUAUUCUGUAUAGGCCUCUACACACUAGGAGCAAUUUCUUUAAAAAAAUCUCAUAUCCUUGUAAGCAGAAACGUCACAAUUUAAAAAAAAGGCCAUUUUUGACGAAAAUUGCUUCUAGUGUGUAGACACCAUAUGGCAGAAUAUACUUUUGACAAACUUUUCUUUUUUCAGAUAUUUUGAUGGUUUUUUUUCUAAAAAUAACGUCAACAACUUGCUUCAAUAUGUCAAAUUAUUCACAUAAAGUAUUUGAAGUAUGUAAAAGCCAUUUCGAACUCUAUGCAUAUUGUGAGGAAUUUUCGUCAAAAUGGAGCAAUUUGAAGUAAAUAACUUCAAAAUGCACUAUUUUGACGAAAAUUUCUCUCAAAUGUGUAAAAAAUCUAAUUUGUAAACAUUAUACAGUAGACUAUCGCUAAUUCGGCUCUUUUAAGAUCGGGCUGCUUUUUAACCCUUUAAGGACGAUUGGAACACCGGUGUCCCAUAAAGAAAAUAAAUUUUCCUGACCACCUGAAGUUAUUUUUUCCUUAUGUUUGUACGUAAUCGCAAAGUAGAAGGUUGAAGGAAUCUAGGAUAUUUUUUGAAAAUCUCCACCUAUUUGUUAUAUAGUAAAUUGUUAAGCUCAAAAAUGUCAAAUUUUUAAAUUUUCAUAAUGAAAAUUAAUUUCAAAUAUUUUUUAUACUUACAAUUUUUUUUAAGCAAAACCGUUUUGGGAAAAGAAACUACAAUACUCAAACAUAAUAUUUUAAAUUAGAUUAAAAAUUAUCAUUCAUUAGUAUUGUCAGAAAAAUUACUUAAUUUUUUUUGGAUAUUUUUGUGCCUAUCGUUCGUAGAGUCAAGAAAUACAUCAAAUCAGACUCUGUUGGCUUUUCGAAGCCCAGAUAUAAGAUCUUUUACUGAUUUUGUUCACUGGUUUCAUUUUUAUUGCUGAUUUUCGGUCCGCGAAAACUGUCUCGUCGUUAAAGGGUUAAUUCGAGCAGCAGUUAAAUUCGAAAGUAGUUUGUUGAGUUGACAUUUUUCAAGUUUGAUUAUGAUUAUCGAAUAAAGCAAAUAUCCUUAAAAUUUACCAAGGUUUGUCUUAGUUUUGAUGAGAUUUUGCAUUAUUAAGUGGAUUUAUGUAAUUUAUAGUAGCAAUGAGUAUAAACUCAAUAUGAGUAUGCAAAUGAACAAAAAAUCGUUACAUUUCAAACAACUUGACGCCCGAAUUUCUCUCUAAUUCGGUUGACAUUUCGGUCCCAAAUGCCCGAAUU